AAAUUGUAAACAUAGAUCUGUUAAAGAACACAAACGCCAUCUUGACAGCAGCCUUAAAAUGGCAGAGAAAUGCCAGGGAGAAACCGAGCUACGGACAAGGUUUCUUUUAUUGUUUUGAAUAGAUAGUCCCUUCCCUAAUUGUCUACAAACGUAGCUAGGGGGUUGAUGGCCAGUGAGAGAGCCGAAAGACGUUAAAAUGGAUAUCACAACAGCGGUUUUCAACGCGGCCAGAGAUGGUAAGCUGAAACUUAUCCAGAAGUUGCUGAGUAACAAAAGUCCCGAGGAGUUGGAGGCUCUCGCCGAGGAGAAAACGCAGGGAGGCACCCCUCUCCUCAUUGCCUCUCGAUACGGACACUUAGAGGUUGCCGACUAUUUGCUUGAAAAUUGUAAAGCUAACGUGGAACUAGGAGGCUCGGUGAACUUUGACGGCGAGACGAUUGAAGGGGCUCCCCCGCUAUGGGCGGCUUCAGCGGCUGGUCACCUCCCUGUCGUCCGCACACUCCUUAAACACGGUGCCUCUGUCAACAACACUACGCUGACCAACUCAACGCCCCUCCGCGCUGCCUGCUUCGAUGGUCACCUGGAGAUUGUCCGCUACCUGGUGGAACACCGAGCCGAUAUGGAGGUAGCCAACCGCCACGGCCACACCUGCCUGAUGAUCUCCUGCUACAAGGGCCACAAAGAGAUAGCCAAGUUCCUCUUGGAGCGGGGGGCCGAUGUCAACCGCAAGAGUGUGAAAGGCAACACUGCACUCCACGACUGUGCAGAGUCCGGUAGCCUGGACAUCAUGAAGAUGCUGCUGAAAUGCAAUGCCCGCAUGGAGAGGGAUGGAUACGGCAUGACCCCGCUUCUAGCUGCCAGCGUCACGGGGCACACCAACAUCGUGGAGUACCUCGCCCACCAGCCACACUCCUCGCGAGAAGAACGCGUUGAUGCUCUCGAACUCCUAGGGGCCACCUUUGUGGAUAAGAAGAGAGACCUCUUGGGGGCCAUGAGAUACUGGAGGAGAGCCAUGGAGCUGAGACAACCAGCUGACAAGCUGGGACUCCUGGCCAAGCCCCCUCCAGGUACCCCUGUCCCUGCCUAUGACUGUGCCCGUGAGGUGAGCACGGCAGAGGAGCUGGAGGCUCUGAUCACAGACCCCGAUGAGAUGCGGAUGCAGGCCCUGCUGGUACGUGAGAGAAUUCUGGGGCCCUCGCACCCCGACACCUCCUACUACAUCCGCUACAGAGGGGCCGUCUACGCCGACUCAGGCAACUUUGAGCGCUGCAUCAGCCUGUGGAAGUAUGCCCUGGACAUGCAGCAGAGUAACCUGGACCCCCUCAGCCCCAUGACAGCCAGCAGCUUCUUGUCCUUCGCCGAGCUCUUCUCCUUCGUGCUGCAGGACCGGGCCAAGGGCACCCUGGCAACGCGAGUCACCUUCCACGACCUGAUGGGGGUGUUGGGGAAGAGUGUGAAGGAGGUGGAGAGGGCUGUGGCCCAGAGGGACAGCCCCCCCGAAGCCCCCCAGUUCACCAAGGCCCUGUCCAUCAUCCUCCACCUGGUGUUCCUGCUGGAGAAGCUGGAGUGCACUGCAGAGCAGGAGCAUCUGAAGAAGCAGACGGUGUACCGCCUCCUGAAGCUGAACCCGCGGGCGAGGAGAGGCUUCACCCCCCUGCAUAUGGCCGUGGACAAGGACACCACGUCGGUGGGCCGCUACCCUGUAGGUCGCUUCCCCUCCCAGACUGUGGCCUCGCUGCUGCUGGAGUGUGGGGCGGACGUGGACUCACGGGACUGUGAUAACAACACGCCCCUGCACAUUGCCGCCAGCAACGGUUGCCCGGAGAUCAUGGCGUUGCUGGUGAGGGCGGGGGCACACUUCGACGCCACCAACUCCCAGAGGAAGACCGCAUACAACCUGCUGGACGAACAGAGCAACGGGCACCCGGCCCUCUUCCCCCUCAACUACGUCACUCUGCAGUGCCUGGCGGCACGUGCCAUUGAGAGGCACAGACUGCCCUACAAGGGCCUCAUCUCUGAGGAGAUGGAGGUGUUUAUUGAGCUGCACUGAAACCCCCCUCUUUGCUAAAUAUCCCCACCCUAUCCCCAUCAUUGCCCCAGACGCCUUUUAAACCAUUCAACAAUGACCCCCAUCAUCUUCACCCCACUUCACCCAUGUCCCCCUGACUCCCCUCACCUUACCCAAGCCCGUCUCCCUUCCCUAUGGUUAUUCUUCUCUGUGCCUCUCCAAACUCCAGACUGUGAGCUCUGUCUCAGAUUCAGACCAAAUCACAGCAAUAAACCUCCCGGCCACUAAACAUUAUACUGACAACAGACUGGGAGCAUCUUAAUUGUGGCUACAUGCUCUCUUUAGAUGACCUAUGAUUAACACAUGGACACAUUCUAUGUGCUAGGUUGCUAUUUGUUUGCAGGUGGGGGGGAACCUUGACCUGAUUUUAGGCUUUUAUGCUUUCUGUUUGACAUUUUUCUUCUGUUUUUCUCAGUAAGAUGGAGGACUGCUCACACAAAGGACAGUAUAGCGGUGCCUGUAUGUAUUGGCUGCUGGCUUGUUUUUAGGUGGGAAUGGAAUCUGUAUUACUUGAUGGGACAUGAUCAAAUAUUGCAUGACAUGAGCCUUAAAGAGUGAAUAGGAUAGCUUGUUUGUUAAAUCUGUCUUGUUUUGCAAGUUUAUCGAGAAGCAUCCUUUGAACAAACAAAGUACACACGCUUGUAUUUUUAUCCUCAAUUGAGCAUUAUUUAAUCCCCUGCCUUUCACUUUGACAUUUUAAGGAGUGUUUGAAAACUAUUUUAUGCCAAAACUCUAGCCUUAUAUCGGUUCUAAAUGUGUGAUCUUACAGGUUAGCCUUAUCUUACUGAACUAGCUUACUACGAAUGGAGCACCUAACAACUGUGGUGUGCAGACUAGCAUGGGGACUCUCAUAAGAAUACAGUGUUCUAGCCUACAUUUCUUUAGCUCUGUCUAGACUGUGCAAUGUGUUUUACAGCUUGGUCAAUCUCUGGAAGUCUCCCUCUGGACAGCUUGGAUACUGUGAGAAAGGAGAGAUGGAGAUUUCUCUCCAUCUCCUCCUGAGUGAAUGUUUAUGGACUGUUGAUCCCAGUAUCAGGUCAUCUAUUCAAGCCUAGCUAUCUACAGUCACCUGUUGUUGAUAUCAGAACCCAGAGUUGCUACUAUGAACCACAGAUGCAGGUGAGGAGGAUGGGGAAUGGAUCACACACUGCAUCUUUGUCUUAUUCUUUUGUCUUUUGUUUUGGACAGUCAGUUUUGCGUUCUUGUUUUUAUCAUACAUGCUUUCAUUAGUUUCUGUUUGUCCCUAUGUAAAAACCCACCUGAUUGAAUGCACUUUGAAAAAAACAAACCCCUAAAGGGUAACUUUACAACAUCUGGGCUAUGGACUCUGAGCCUUUCUCUCUCAACAACUGAUUUAUUCAUUGAACUGAUGGUAACUUCAAAGCAAAACUGUGUUGAGAUACUUGAAUAAAAUUCAGUAUCCCUGCAG